CUGAGAGAUCGAGGCUUUUUUUGCGAUUCGUGCGUGUUUUCUGUUGCUUGUUUGUUUUGCGUGAAGGAAGUGAGACCGAAUAGUUAGCCGAAAGGUGCUUUCGUUGACUCCUGACUGAUCGUUGAACAGCGCUACAGUUCACCUGCGAGUGGAUUCACGUCGCGUGCGUGCUUUUCCCUGCGAUUCGAGCUUGUUUUCUGCUGGUGUUGUCGUUGCGUGAAGGAAGUUGAGACCGAAGAGCUAUCGAAAGGUAACUUAUUCGUUGACUCCUGCCUGAUCGUAAAACAGCGCCACAGUUCACCUGCAUCGAGUCGUUUGGCUGCACACCGCCGUGUACCAAGUCACGAUGGAUCCGGCUGUUGUUCCUCCGUCCGGCGACGAUAUCCAGCCCGUAUCAUGGGCGGAUUCCAUCGAUGAUGCCGAAUAUGAGGCGUUAGAAGUGGUAAUUCCGUCCUGGGCAGUUUUGGAUUUCUCCACGGUGAGGGCUGAAGAUCCUAAUGCCUCACCCCCGGUCCAGAGGAGAGCCGAGAAUCCAGAGAGUUUUGUCCGGAGAGAUUUCCGGCAGAAGUCUAAAGUGUGGAGACAGCCAGCACCUUCCUCAUGUUGGCGUAGAUCUACUCCCUCUGGCUUCAAUAAAAGGCCGGAGCGUCCUGUCGGAGAGGCUUCACCAACUCAGCGUAGAUCUCCUCCUUCAGAGUAUUUUCCUAGACAGGAGCGCCAUGUCGGAGAGGGUUCACCAACUCAGCGUAGAUCUCCUCCCUCUGGCUUCAUUAAAAGGCCGGAGCGUCCUGUCAGAGAGGCUUCACCAACUCGGCGUAGAUCUCCUCCUUCAGAGUAUUUUCCUAGACAGGAGCGCCAUGUCGGAGAGGGUUCACCAACUCAGCGUAGAUCUCCUCCCUCUGGCUUCAUUAAAAGGCCGGAGCGUCCUGUCAGAGAGGCUUCACCAACUCGGCGUAGAUCUCCUCCUUCAUGGUACUGUCAUCGACAGGAGUGCCGUGUCAGAGACGCUUCACCUGCUCAGCAAAGAUCUCCUCCUUCGGGGUUCUUUAAAAGGUCGGAGCGCACUGCAGUGGAGGCUUCACCUCAGUGGAGAUCUCCUUGUUCAGGCGUCUUUAACAGACAGGAGCGCCCAGUCAAAGAAGCUUCACCUCAGUGUAGAUCUUCUGCCUCGGGCUCUCCUCCUUCAGGUGUCUUUAAAAGGCCGGAGCCCGCUGUCACAGAAUCUUCACCAUCUCAGCAUCAAGGUCUUUUACAAGGCUCCUCAGGAAAUGGAGUGAGCCCACGGGACGGCCAAAGCACAACUCUGGCUGUUGCUCAAAAGCAGGAGAUGGGUGGGCCAGAAUAUUCCAGCAGGCCCCAUACCACACCUACACCAGCUCCUGUAUCUGAGCAUACAUCUCCUUCCGGCUUAUUUAAAAAGUCGAGGGCUCCUCUUACAGAGGCUCCUCCCCUUCAGUGUGUUGAACAAAUUCUCUGUUCAUAA